AUGCCACGAAUCCCCACCGCCACGCUCGUGAGGGCCUAUCAGGAGAACUCUCUUCUACCUCUCCUCCUCAAGGAAUGCCGAUCCCUAGACUCAGCUCGCAAUGAGCUUCGGUGGCUCCGGGAACGCGCACUACGCGACAGCCCGUCCUCCUCCCGUCUCGCGCCUGGAGCACGGCUAGGAUGGAGAACGCGCCUACGAUCAAUGUGCCGCCAGCGCUCGCAAGGGGUUCCCCUGCAGUAUAUCCUGGGGGAUCAACCAUUCGGAGACCUGGAGAUACUCUGUCGACGGGGCGUUUUAAUCCCAAGGCCAGAAACAGAGUCAUAUACAUAUGAAGCCGCCAGGCUAGUUCGCCAGAUGGCGCUGGAGGGCGGCGGCAACAGCACAGACCCAACCAGCGCGACGAGGCCGCUUCGCAUCCUUGACCUCUGCACAGGCACCGGCUGCAUAGCGCUGCUCCUGCACGCGCUCCUCGCCCCACACUUCAAGCACAUGCAGAUUAUAGGAAUCGAUCUCAGCCCCAUAGCAUUGAACCUUGCGCGAAAAAACCUCGACCAUAACGUCCGACGAGAAGCCCUGCAUCGCCGAGCCCGCGCGGACAUCCAAUUCCACCGCGCAGAUGUUCUGGGUCGCAAGGCUAGCUCCAUCCCAGCUGUGGAAGAGAUUCUAUCCCACUAUGCGCUCAAAUCCGGUCUAGCCGAUAUAUCGGUCCCCGCGCCCAGGAUAGACCUAUUGAUCUCCAACCCACCGUACAUCUCGACGUCCGAUUUCCGCAACGGAACCACUGCGCGAAGCGUUCGGCUCUUUGAGCCACGGCUGGCUUUGGUACCUCCCGUUGGGUUCAUGGGGCAGGAUGGUGAUCGGUCAGAGGAUGUUUUCUACCGGCGCAUCCUAGACCUAUCGCUCAAGGUGCACGCUCAGGUCACGGUUCUAGAGUGCGGAGAUAUUAUGCAAGCUGAUCGCGUCGUUGAGAUGCACCGGACCAUGACUGGGGGGAGCCGUUGUAACUUUAACGUGGAGGUCUGGCCUACAACAGAGCAGGAUCUCGCUGCCCACGGGUUCCAUCCUCAGGAUGGAUCGCGAUGUGUGAUUAUCCAUGGGGGGAGGGACGGGUGA